UGGAACCGUCGUUACGUACCUACCGCCCUUUAGCUUCAUCGAAAACGGGGAAAGGGAUAGUCCAGCCCACCCAGCGAACGGACACAAGAGUGAGACCAGGUUAAUCAAUCCCGCGGAAAAGCUCAAAUGGAGGAGCCGAAGGCUGAGAUCAAAGGCUCUUCUUCAGAAAAAGAACCAAAAUCGCCCAAUAUUUUCGAGAGAGCGAAAGAAGAGAUAGAGGCUGUGACCCACUGUAAUAAAUCACCACGGCAUCACAAAGAAACACAUGGAAGAAGCGAUGAUAUUGACGAGACUACGCCUGCUGAUGAAGUAAAGGCCCCCGGAGUGUUCGGAAGAGUCAAGGAAGAGGUUGAGGCCCUUGUAGGAGCAAUUCAUCCCAAGAAGGAUUCUGGCAGUCAUUAGUUUUCUUUAAAGCAAGGAAGAGAGUUGACUCCAUGCUGUAAUAAGGUUUGCUUUCUUCAUGAUUCUUAGUUUCUUUUUAUCAUGCAACUCCAUGCCAUCUACCUUGUUCUUUGAAAACAUUAGCAGGAAAACAACUUGUUUGAAGAUUGACAUGAAAAUUGGACUAUGGUUGAUCUGUCUUGCAUUCUGUUUAAAGUAUGUAAUUAACAUAGAAAUACCAUCUUGUAUCUUUGCAUUCUGAACUUUGUAUCUUGAGCUACAGUCUCUUUUCAUUGUAUCGAUGAAAAGUUUGUUUCGUUUAAAAAAAAAUUAUAGAAAUACCAUCAAGGUGUCUACGUAUACCUGUGUGGGUACCACUGUA